AUGUAUAGAGUAUUGAGGGUGAUGCACGCCUCCAUCACCGAGGCUGUGGAGUUGGCUUCAUUUCGACUACGUGAUGUAGUCGUCCUAUGGUAUGAGGCAUGGGAGAGAUCUAGAGGACCUGAUGCUCCACCAGCAGAGUGGGAGGACUUUUCUGAGGCUUUUUUAGCCCAUUAUUUUCCACAAGAGGUUCGGGAGGCCCGUCUUGACCAGUUUCUUAACCUGAAGCAGGGGGAUAUGAGUGUGAAGGAUUAUAGCCAUAAGUUUAAUUCUUUGGCAAGGCUUUCGCUCAGACUACAGAGGACCUUUUUCCGUCGGAUUCGUGAUACUCGUAGGGAUAGGGAGCAGAGUAAGAGUGCUCAUACUACGAGAUCUUAUAGGGAGACACGGGGUGAUUUUAGGCCCUCAAUCCAUCGAUAUCCAUCUCGGUCAGCAGGUAGUUUCCCACCACAGAUGCAGGGCCAGCGGUUUGAUCGAUAUAUUCAGUCAGGACCGGGACAGAGCUCAAGCCAACCUGAGGGCCGUCGACGGGAGCAUUCCUCACAAAUGAGACAGCCUACUCCUCCAUGUACUCAGUGCGGUAAGCUGCACACUGGGCAGUGUAGACAGGGUUCGAGUGCAUGUUAUCACUGUGGGCAGACAGGAUAUUUUAUUAGUCGGUGCCCGGGAUUAGGCAGAGGUGCACCAGCUCCGCCUUCAGGAUCCACAGCA